AAAGGCUAAUUUUCACAUAAAUCGCGCUAUUCAUUUCACGAAGAUCACCUUACACAUUGCUGUUAAUUUAUUUUUAAGUUUACGUGAAAUACACGAGCUCACGCUCCAAAUGUUUGUGUAUAUACUCUUAUUACGAACUGGGUACAGUUCCUAUGCUUCAUGUCUAAAGAUAGCCUUCCCAAGCUCAAAUUAGCCUCCUGAUGAACUGACGAGAGGGAGCGAUUCGCGGGCAUUCCUUCCCCAGCAACCUCUUUAACGGGUCGUAACGACUUGUCCCUUCCCGCCAGUUUCUCUUCGCCUCUCACUCUACCUCCGAUCCACAGAUACACAGGCCCGCGCUUCCCCCUCCUCUCGCAAUUCUCCCAUCCACUGCACCGGAGCUCCGAUCCACCACGGCCGCCUCCGGCAGGAGACAGAUGAAAGACAGCGACGGCGAGGGCGCCGGCGGUGGCGUCGCCCGCUCGCACCCGUCCAAUCUCCCACUUCCUGCUCCACAGUCCGACCCGAACCUCCAGUACUCGGGUGGGACGGACGAUGAGUCGUCGAACCGGAACAGCAGCUCCUCUGCCACCGGCGGCGCGAGCCCCGGGUACUACUCCGACUACCCGUCCAGCUUCAGCGGCGAGUGCUCGCCGUACAACAUGUCCCCCUGGAACCAGACCAUGGCGUCCCCCUGGUCGCACCACAGCGAGGCGUCCGCCGCCGGGCUCGGAGGAGCCGCUCCCACGAUGGCGCCCGGGACGAGCCUCAUCAGCUCGCUGGUGAGGGAGGAAGGCCACAUCUACUCGCUCGCCGCCAAGGGCGACACGCUCUACACCGGCUCCGACAGCAAGAACAUCCGCGUCUGGCGCAAGCAGAAGGACUCCGGUGGGUUCAAGUCCUCCAGCGGCCUCGUGAAGGCCAUCGUCAUCUCCGGCGAGCGCAUCUUCACGGGCCACCAGGACGGCAAGAUCAGGGUGUGGAAGGUGUCGCCCAAGAACGGCAUGCACAAGCGCGUGGGCAGCCUGCCCCGGCUGCGCGACUUCCUGCGGGGGUCGCUGAACCCGUCCAACUACGUGGAGGUGCGCAAGAACCGGUCGGCGCUGUGGAUCCGGCACAGCGACGCCGUGUCGUGCCUGAGCCCGACGGACCCGUCGCAGGGGUUCCUCUACUCCGGGUCCUGGGACCGCACCUUCAAGGUGUGGCGCAUCAGCGACUCCAAGUGCCUCGAGUCGGUGGUGGCGCACGACGACAACGUCAACUCCAUCGUGGCGGCGUUCGACGGGCUGGUGUUCACGGGCUCGGCGGACGGCACCGUCAAGGUGUGGCGGCGCGAGCAGCAAGGGAAGGGCACCAAGCACACGGCCGUGCAGACGCUGCUGAAGCAGGAGCACGCGGUGAACGCGCUCGCCGUCAGCGCCGUCGCGCCCGUGCUCUACUGCGGCUCCUCCGACGGGCUGGUCAACUUCUGGGAGGGCGAGCGCCACCUCGUCCACGGCGGCGUGCUGCGCGGCCACAAGAAGGCCGUCUUCUGCCUCGCCGCCGCCGGCGCGCUCCUGCUCAGCGGCUCCGCCGACAACACCAUCCACGUGUGGCGGCGCGACGGCGGGGUGCACGCGUGCCUCUCGGUCCUCACGGGCCACACAGAGCCCAUCAGGUGCAUCGCCGUCGUCGAGGACAACGGCGAGAACGGCGGCGAAUCCACCGCCGGAGGGGGGUCGUCGUCGGCGUCACGGUGGAUAGUGUACACCGGCAGCCUCGACAAGUCGAUCAAGGUGUGGCGCGUGACCGACGAGCCGCCGGACCCGCUGCUCGGCGCCGGCGACGCGCCCCAGAUAUUCGACCGGUAUCCCGGCGACGCCUUCGGGGCCAGCGCCUCGACGACGUCGUUCCGCUAAGACGAUUUGUCUGAUCGAUCACUUGCAACAAAAUUACACGUCGUCGGUCUCGAUCACUUCACAAGAAAACGUCUUGGGAGGUACUAACUUAUAUUAACAGAAGAAUCUGCUGGGCCGCUAUACAUAUACGUCCGUUUAUAUACUGUUGGAAAUAGCUGCAAUUGGAAGACAUGAAAAAAAAAUUCUAACCUAGCUUGUGCUGGGCACGAGCUAUGUAGUUUGGUCACCUUUUUUGUGACAGGGAUGGUGAAUUUAGUUAGGUAUACAUUUGCUUUUUGCAACUCUGCAUUGCUAUAAGGGACAUUUUCAAGCAUGCUUAUCUGUUGUACUAGUUGAAAAUGAAUUGGUUUUGUGCUAAGGAUGUACGUAUUUCAAUAAAUGUCUCGAUUCUAACCUCCA